CCUUGAUUCCUCUUCGUUCCUUCAUUCCAGCCAUGCCGCACAAAAUCCUUGCAAUAUCAUGCUUGUCUCAGGCCGUUCUUGCAGGCUAUCGGGAAGUCAAUGAGGAUAGUAUCUUGGAGAUCCUGAACGAGAUGACCACUGAGGAAAAGUUCUUGCAAACCUGCAUCGACUCCCAAUGCCCUGAAGGCCGUGCAAGGUGGCUUCUUUGUGAUGUUUUUGGAGGUGGCAGCACUUCUGGUGGCGGCGAUGCAUGGUUCAAUUUGAAGGACAUACCACGGCUCAGAAUCCGCGGACUUCGCAUGCGAGAUGGCCCGAAAGGAAUGACUUGUCAGGGAGGUGCUGUCGUUUUCAGCCCACCCUGCCCCCCCGAUGGCGGCUCUCCUUCCUUUCCUUCACAAAUCACUCGGGCAGCGACAUGGAACACACAGCUGGAAGAAUCGAUCGGCCAAGCUAUAGGCGAGAUUGCAGAGCAACUUGACAUCCACGCCGCGCUCUUGCCCACGAUCAACAUUUUGCCGUGGUUAAACUGGGGUCGAGCGCAAGAGAGCUAUGGCGAAGAUCCUUUCUUUAGUGGGCGUAUGGGUACCGCUUUGGUCCGUGGAGUUCAGCAAAAUCAAACCGUUAUGGCUACAGUGAAACAUUUUUUGGCCAACAACAUAGAGAACACUCGGUGGUGGGUGAGUGCUGAAAUGGAUGAGAAAACACUGCAUGAUGUGUAUUUGAGGGCAUGGGCUUUGGUGGUCGCAGACUCUUCGCCAGAGCUCGUCAUGACAUCAUACAACAGGGUUCAGGGAAAAUGGGCCUUUGCCGACCCAAAGUUCAUUGAUAUUUUGAGAAAUGAUCUUGGCUUUGAUGGCAGCAUUAUGACGGACUGGUUUGCGUCAUGGGAAGCCAUCACAGGAGGAAUGAUUCUGGGUGAAGUGGGCAAAACAAGUCCCUUCUAUGGAUCCAAAGGCUUCAUUGGAAGCAACAGCCUUUACAAUGCUGGGGUGGACAUGGAAAUGCCAUUCUGUAGCAAGAACCGGGAUGCAGUGGCCCAGGCGCAGGCAUGCGCCGGGUCUGGGGCAGAGGACUGCAACACGUUCCGGAAGCUCAACGCGGCAACGCGAAGGAUUCUGCGUUCCAAACUCAGGUAUGGUUUGGUCAGCGAGAGCAGGAACCAUACAUCCCGAAUCUCUUGGGACAAUGCAAAAUACGACAGGCUGAUCCUGCAAGCAGCCCAAGAGGGAAUCGUCCUCCUCAAGAAUGACAACUUGCUGCCAAAGGAGAAGGUGCGAAGCUUGGCGGUGCUGGGCUCCGCGGAGGUUUUGGAGCUCGGAGAUCACGGCUCCAGCGCUGUGAAGCCUUCUGGAAGGUUGGUGAAUGUCCUGGAUGGCCUUACUGGGAAGUAUCAGGAGGCAGCUGUUCAGAUGGUUGAAGACUUGUCAAAUGCCUCCCAGGAAGCCUUUGUCCAAUCAGCUGAUUUUGUGGUAGUGGAUGUCGGCUUCAAUUUUACCUUUGAAGGCGAGUUUAUUCCGCCAGCAACUGGCGGCGACCGUCAAUAUUUGACUUUGCACCCUCAUGACCAGCACUUGAUUCACAAGGCAUCCAACUUGAAUCAAAACGUGGUUGUUGUCAUCACGGCAGGUGCAUCGGUUAUCGUGGAAGACUUUGUCGAUAAGGUGAAGGGCAUUGUUUGGAUGGGGUAUCCUGGUCCGCUUGGUGGAGUCGCUCUUGCAAACAUCUUGGCCGGACACGUAAACCCAUCAGGCAGGAUGCCCAUGAUCACGCCAAAGCGGGCGGAGGAUUACCUGCCGCAUGGAACCAGCCUGGCGCCUUGGGCGUUGCAGACGAUCGAUGUGGAGCCCACAUACCCCUACAGCCAUGGGUUCAAACACAUGUGGCAACGUACGGAGGCAAGAUACCCUUUCGGCUGGGGGUUAAGCUACACGCAGUACAAGUACUCGGAGAUUGCUGCUACUUUGGCUGCUGGAAGUGUGCAAGUGGUUGUCCAGGUGGCCAAUGUGGGAGACCGGGCAGGAUUGGAAACAGUGCAGGUGUAUGCGACAUGCCAGGCUUGCCGAAGAAAGCGUUUGCCAAUAGUCCUAGCUGCCUUCGCAAAGGUUGCGUUGGAUGUAUCGGAGACAAAGGAGGUGAAAUUUGUCAUCGAACUCAAGGAUCUUUCUGCCUAUGACGCUGAGGCAAAUGAUGGAAGCUGGUUUCUGGAAAGCAAUGAGUACCAGAUUCUGGUGGGUCCUGCAGCUCGUGAUGAUUUGCUUCUACAAACAAGUGUUGAGAUUUCUCAACAGACCUUUCAGUACCCUGGCAGAGCACGAGCCGAGACACAUGCUGCGGCGAAUACAGAAUGCCAAUGUGUACCAGAAGCCUAUGGCAUGCGAAUCAAGGCGUGGUCGCUUCCAGACAAGAGCCCAGUGGACGUGCUCCUGGUUUUUGCAUGGGCCAGAUGGAACGAAGCCAUGACUGCUGUAUGUGGAGUCGCCUUUGCGUGUUGCUUUAUCCUUCUUUGCCUGUUCUGUUUGCAAAGAAGAGCUGGCAGAAAGGUGGUUGAAGAGGCCAGAGAGAAGAAACAGUCAUGAGCUGCUCUGAAAGGCCUUAAUGGCUACUGUAUUGUUUUUGGACAGAAAUCAGUGUCACGGCGCCCCCUGGCUGCAAAGAUCAGCACACGAUAGCACGGUCAGCGCGAUUGCGCUUCCUUACAAUUGUGAGUGAGCAGAUGUAAACAGUCAGCCAAUUUUUGUUUUCGGUGCGUAUUCUAGAGGCUUAUGUACAUAUCAUGUAAAUCUGAUUCC